AUGAAGGGAACAGACAAUUGGCAAUCGCAUGACUAUCCAAACACGACGAAAGGCAACCCAAUCCAAGGAAGACGAACUUCCUUCCCCUCUCCAGCCCCAAGAGCCACACCCCAUUGUGUCCAGCCAACGCACGCAAAGCCGUCAGAUGAGCCUUUGGGUCUGGGAAGGAAUAGGGCAGUCAGCCACUCUCAAAUUGCUUCUAUGGCGGCGCGUUUCCGCAUUGCCUGGCUUGAGGGAACUCCGGUCGAAACCAAAGCGCAGGGUGUCCGGGGACUUUCUCCCAAAGCAAGAAAAGGAAAAAGAAAGGGGGGGGAGAACCCCCCAAUCUUUGUGUGUGAGCUUUGA